AUGACAUCAUCAAGGAUAUCACAUUUACUCACCCAACCAACAUGCGUAGUGGAAAACGUACUUCUUCAACCAACGUUAAACGUAUUGGACCGCUGCGCGAUCUCACAAACGUGUAAAACGCUACGUGGAUUUACGUCAACACUUUAUUCAAUAUUUGAUUUCCCUUUAUACCCUUCGAAUAUAACAUCAUUAUCGCAUAAGAAAUCAUUGGCAAUUAAACCACAAGAUUUAAAAUGUGUGCCGAUAAUAGUAGUUCGUUCUGGAGUUUAUAACGUGGCGAUAGGAUCAGAUGGUAAUGAUUAUUCUGCCAUAUUUUUCAACAAGAAGGGAAUCGUACGUGUCGUUAAGGUUAGGACAAAAAAGGAUGGUGUAUCAAUUGAGUGUUUGUAUUCAGUUCUUGUGCAAAGAAUGUUGUUUACUUGUUCAAAAUUUAAAGAUAGAGUUUUAAUAAUCGAAUCACCACCUGGAAAAGAUUAUUUUGCUCAUACUAGUACGCUACAGGAAAUCCUUGAGAAAUUUGACAACUUAACCCUCUAUAAACAUUCCGGAACUAAAUUUAAUUUGACCUCGGGAUCAUCUACAAAACCAACGAGAGACAUGUUACUUAAAGGAAUUGUUGGAAUGAUCAGAAGAUUUCGUCUAAGGGAAUUGGCAAAUUCAAAAGAAAUCUCAACAAUUGCUAACGAUGGUAAACAGCGUUGGUACAUUAAUGCAUUGAUGCAAUUUCAUUAUAGAUAUUUAAUGUGCCAACAAAAACUUUACGUUUAUGGUAAUUCGUUAAGAAAACGUCAUACGGAGAUCAUGACCUUCUUAAAAAAUGAGUUCAAACAAUCUUUAUUAUCAACAUUUUCGAAUGACUGGUCAUAUAAUAAUGAGAGUGAGGAUGAAUUAAAAUCAUCUAAUGGUAUCUUUUCGUUCGUAAUGGAUUUUAAAAAAAAUCAUUCAUCAUCUAACUCAUUAUCUAGAAUUAUUAAUUUAUCAUCAAAUUCUUCUUUAGCGAAUAAUGAAAUCUAUUAUCGUGAAGCAGAAAUAGAACAGAAAUUGGCUCAGCUUAAUGAACGUCACUUAUUUUUAAGGUCCUUAAUGGAAAGAUUUAAAUCCGUUAUAUUAAUUAAUCAAGGUUUAGAAAGUUGUUGUUUAGUAUUUCGUCAUUUUGAAUUACAAUCAAUUUACGAAGAUUUACGUACGGACUUAACGAAGAUUUUACAUAAACAUGAAAUGGUUUCUGAAGUUAUUGAGGUCACUGCCGUUAAAUUACAAUUUAUUCUAAAAUUUUUAUAUGAACAAGAUAUACGUAAUAAGUAUUCUUCCAUGAACAAAGAAUUGGCUCGUCAAGGGAUUAACAUUCAAUUAGAUGGAAAUGAUUUGAAAAAUUCCUCAUCGUCGUCUCGAUUGGCCACAUACAUUAACACUUCAACAUAUUCAAUAUCACAAUCUGCUGCGUAUGGCACCACGUCAACGACAUCAACCCCCAUGUCAUCAUCUACGACACCGAUAAUCAACGAGAAGCGCAAAGAAAUUUCAAAGUCAAUGGGCAUCUCACAUCAAUCUGAUCAUGAUCUUAGUGCCGAAUCAAUAUUGGAUGCUCUUUUAUUGCAAGUUCCAUUUGAACGUAUAUUUUCAAGGAAAAUGUUUAUUAAAUUGUUAGCGCAAAGACAUUUUGAAACCAUGUGCACAGAAUAUGGAGAUCAUACUGCUAGAAUAGAUUACGAUGAUUAUUGUUCGAGUUCAAAUGAAGAUUUAUCUGAUGAUGUUGAAAUUGGUGAUUGGUUAAAUGCUGCUUGUUAUAUUAUUUUCAUAGCAAAACUCUUGCUGAAAGAUGAUUGUAAUUGGGUUGAACAAUACGAUGAAAGUGAAGGUGUUUGUACUACUGAAUGGAGAUUUGAAAUCGUUGAAAAAAUUGAGAGUGAAUUAGUUAACUUAACUAAAAAUGUAAUUAAACCCGCUUUGUUGAAAAAAGAUUAUGACGCGGUCAUUGAUGUUGACGACAUGAUUAAGGUUUGGAAAACUUGGUGGUUAUAUGCUUGUAGUGAAGUAUUAGAUAAUAUUGAAACUUCAAAUGCAAAAGUUGUUUUGGAAAAGUUGGAAGAUAUUUUAGAAAUGACAAAAAUUCCCUCUUGUAUUAAUAAGGGGAAGGAAGGAAAAGAAUAG